AUGUCGGGUCACAAAGGCGUCUUUAAAAUGAAGUUGUCUGAGCUUUCUCAGCUCCAAACAACUCCCAUGGCGAAGCACAAUGGUCGAGGCAAAGCGUCGUCGUUUCUCUCCGAUAGCUUUCUCUUCGGCGGUGGAGCUAUGGUGGCUCUUCUAGUUGUUUGGACUCUCUGGUCUUUCUUUAGCCCAAGUCCUGACCCUAACGCCAGUUUCUCCACUACAGGCAGUGAACCCAAAUCCAUCAUUGCCAUGGAAGAUGCCGAGAACGUCUCUCCACAAGAUUGCGCCGUCAAUGCGCGGGGUUUUAACAUGCACUACGACCCACCGGAGACCACGUUCUACGACGACCCCAAACUGAGCUACACCAUUGAAAAGCCCGUUAAAAACUGGGACGAGAACAGAAAAGAAUGGUUGAAGUACCACCCCUCAUUCGCCGGCGCUGGCGCAAAUAGUCGGGUCCUCAUGAUCACCGGUUCACAAUCAAAGCCGUGCAGAAACCCAAUCGGCGAUCAUUUACUGCUGAGAUUCUUCAAGAACAAGGUCGAUUACUGUCGAAUCCAUGGCUACGACAUCUUCUACAACAACGUGUUGUUACAGCCGAGGAUGUUCACAUUCUGGGCAAAAAUUCCGGCAGUUCAAGCCGCCAUGGUAGCUCACCCAGAGGCAGAGUGGAUUUGGUGGGUCGACUCCGACGCUGCUUUCACUGACAUGGACUUCAAACUCCCAUUAGACCGAUACACAAACCACAACCUCGUCAUCCACGGCUGGCCCCACUUGAUCUACGAGGAAAAGAGCUGGACCAGCAUCAACGCCGGCGUGUUCUUGAUCAGGAACUGCCAGUGGUCGUUGGAUUUCAUGGAAGUGUGGGCCAGCAUGGGCCCGCAAACCCCAAACUACGAUGAAUGGGGUAAAACCCUAAAAUCAACGUUCAAGGACAAGAUCUUCCCGGAAUCCGAUGACCAGUCCGGUCUGGUUUAUUUACUGUUGAAGGAGAGAGAAAAAUGGGGAGAGAGAAUAUACGUAGAGAGCGAGUAUUACUUCGAGGGUUACUGGGUGGAGAUAGUGGAUACGCUUGAUAAUAUCACACACAAGUACGUGGAGAUAGAGAAAGAGGUGCCCAGGUUAAGGAGGAGGCAUGCUGAGAAGGUGGCUGAGAGCUAUGGCGCGCAGUGGGAGGAGCAUCUGAGAGAUGCUGGGUACGGGAAAGGUAGUUGGAGACGACCGUUUAUCACGCACUUCACGGGGUGUCAGCCGUGUAGUGGGGCCCACAAUGAGAUGUAUUCUGGGCAGAGUUGCUACGAUGCGAUGCAGAAGGCCUUGAAUUUUGCUGAUAAUCAGGUGCUUCGCAGGUUUGGGUUUGUGCACCCGAAUCUACUGGAUUCCUCCUCCGUUGAGCCUCUGCCUUUUGAUUUCCCGGCUUGAUGGGGGUGGGGUCAUGAUCAGAGGUACAAUUUGUUUUGUAAAGUUACUACGUUUGUAUACGAUGUAUGUUUGUUGUAACAUACUCUGGCACCGAAAGAGGAUAAUUGGGUGCUUCUAUUUUUUUUUAUAGUUGGUGUCCUCAGUCCUAAUUUUAGACUUAAUUAUGUGUGAUUUUGUGGAUAUUUGAUGAAGGGAUGGAUUAAGGGGUUGUAAUUUUAGAAUCCAAUCUUAUAUUAAGCUGAG